AUGGACCCUGGCUACGAUAAUUCAAGUGCGCCCCCUUCGUUGUUAACGAUUCUCUCCGGCAAAACCGAGCUUCAUCUCAUGUUCCAAAUGAUCGAGAAUCUAGACUGGGUGAUGGGCAUGAACCGCCGCGCUGUUCCUGACGAGCCACCACUCAGAUCGCCAGGAGUCGCAAACCUCAUGGGCAUGAAACUGUCAACCGACGGGCGACUCAACUUUGGUUCGGUCUUUACCUCCUGGAUGGUGGGGAAGAACUAG